AUGGAGACUGAUUGCAAUCCAAUGGAGUUGCCCAAUAAUACAGGGUUUGAAGAGGAUUCUGAUUAUAGAGACUUUGAAGGAACAGAUGUGAAGGAUAUGAGACUAGAAGCUGAAGCUGUUGUGAAUGAUGUUCUGUUCGCUGUCAGCAACAUGUUUGUCUCAAAAACCCUUCCCUGUGCAGAGGAUGUGGCCUAUAUCAACGUGGAAACCAGGGAGAGGAACAGAUACUGCCUGGAGCUCAGUGAAGCAGGACUCAGGGUAGUAGCUUAUGAUUUUGAUCAGACUGAUGACAGAUUGCAAACUCCAUACCACGAAACUGUCUAUUCCUUACUGGACUCUCUCAGCCCUGCGUAUCGAGAGGUGUUUGGAAAUGCUUUACUACAAAGACUGGAAGCUUUGAAGAAAGAAAGUCAGUCUUGAUUUACCCAGAUAUGAGGAAGGUUUAGUGCCAGAAGGAAUUCUUAGUAUGAAGCACUUCCUAACAAACAUCUUAAGCUUCGUUUCUUGCAUUAAUGCCUAAUUCUUGCAUUAUUAUACAACAUUUAUAUGUUAUAACAAGGAUAUUAUAUAACAUUUUGCUACUGUGGAUUUGCGUAUAUCACAAAGCUAUUAAAAGCCACUUUGAUAAAUAACAAAAUUUUCUAAAUUUCACUUUCUUUUUGUUGUAAGUGAGCCAAGUAAGUUGCUUCUUACGAUGUUUAAAAACUUCGGUCUCUUUUCAAAGUGUUCCUAUUCAAAACU